GGGGUAAACAACAUUCCAGCAUCUGGUAACACUGUAAAUAAAAGCGCGCAAUUUACUUAAAAAUUGGAAACUAACAUGCCACCGAAACGGACCAAAAAAGCAGUGGAGCCAACCGCUCGGGAGGAUGUGGCCGAAGAGCUGGAUGCCAACAAACCAGUGCUCUACGUGGAGCACUGCCGAUCAUGACGAGUCUUUCGUCGCCGGGCGGAGGAUCUGCACGCCGGCCUGCGGGAACGUGGUCUCCACCAACUUCAGCUCCGGCUGAAUGCGUCCGGAGCACCAAGGCGCGGCGCCUUCGAGUUGGAUUUGCGCCCGGGUUUGGGGAAACAGGAACUGGUGCCACUUUGGUCGGGUCUAAAGCGGGGGCCACCACGUGCUCUUAAGUUUCCCACUGUGGAGGAGGUGUACGAUCGGAUCAGGGGGAUUCUGGGUGUCGAGCAAGAGUCAAAGGAGCAGGAGUCAGAGGAUAACAGGCCUUCUGGAUCCCAAAAGAAGCCAGAGACCAAGAAGGAGCAGCCAACUGAAUCCCAGGAAGAGCAGAAAUGCAAGGAACCAUCGGAGGAUCUAUCAAAGGAAUCCAAAGAUCCAUUGGAGGAUCCUUCAAAGGAAUCCAAACCACCCCAGGAGUCACCCCAAACGAAGAGACAGCCGAAAGUCCAGAAGAAGCCCACAAAGACGGCCAAAUCCCAGCCAGAAAUCGAUGAAGACCAGCCCCAAAGCAGUCAGAAACGCAAGCGAACCACCAGAUCCUCCACAGAUGAAUCUUCAAGCGCUCCCAAGCGCCGAAAGUAGUUGCCAACGAGAAAUCCCACCAGCAAUAGAGCCUUAUGAUCGAUGAGCGGCAAAUCCUCUCGAGGAACCGCUCAUUGAGACUACUUGUUGCCUUUGCUGGUUGGUUUUUCAUGGGUAUCCGAACUACAAGAAAAAAAACACUUGCACAAUUGUUAUUACAAAAUAUAUUAAAACAUCUUAGA